CCGCCGCGCAUGCGCCCACAUUUUCCCGCCAAACUCCGCACGCGUCCAGACGCGUAGUAAAAACAAAAUAAAAAAAAUAAAACUAACGUUUAUAAUUUUAUUUAUGGUCUAAUAAAUUUUAAAAAUGGAAUUUUGUUAGUUUAAUUAUAUUUCCAUAAUAAAAAUAUGGAAGUUUGAAUGUUUGAUUAGAUUGUAAUAAAAUCGGGUGUAGUGAGUGUUGUGUGGUGGUUAGUGGUACGUGAUGUUACCACGAUGUGGUUGGCUGUGGUCCAUCUGCUGCUGGUGACCGAAGCCCUAGCGUUUAACAUCAGCAACCUGAUUUCACCGUUCAGCGAUGUGGUUCAAGUGCGCUACCCAUCUCGCAAGUCACAUGUGCGUCGCCAGCGAGCCAUACCUCCAUCCGUGCCGUUCCCGUGCGAGGACGCCGUCUCCUGGGGCCGUAGUCCCCAGCGGCCUACCUCCGUACAUCGGUUAAGGCCAGGAGACAUUGAUGUGGUGGCCGCCAUCGGGGACUCCUUGGUCGCUGGUAGUGGAGCGCUUGAAGAGUUUGCGCUAGGAGCGUUUGUAGAAUAUAGGGGUGUUUCGUGGUGCGCUGGUGGCGAUGCAACAUGGCGGGAGUAUUUAACAUUACCAAAUAUCCUGAAGGAGUUCAACCCGAACAUCAAGGGGUUCUCCACAGGUACUGGGGAAUGGCUCACCAAGAACGCCAAGUUCAACGUCGCCUUCCCUGUGGCUUCCGAUGAAGAUGCCUUGAAGCAGGCUAAGUUAAAAUCGUCCGUGGUAUACGGGAGCGCAGAUAUACCUACCUACGCGAGACACAAUGUAUUUUCUAUUGUGUCUUACCCGGCGGACAAGUGGUUAAGAAAGGCCAACAAAAACAUUAAAACUGUAAAAUUUCUCUUUCAGAUCCUGGUAGCACGAAUGCGUUCAUCAUCAGAAAUAGACAUGGAGAACGAUUGGAAGAUGGUGACAGUGUUCAUAGGAGCCAACGACUUGUGCUCGGCGUCCUGUCUCAACCCCGUGUCGUGGUCGCCCGCAGCCCACGCGAAGAAGUUGUCUAUAGCGUUGGACUAUCUACAUAAACACCUGCCCAGGACUAUUGUUAACUUGGUACCAGUUCUAGACGUAUCAGUAUCGAUCCGCGUGCUCCGUCCAAUGAUGUGUCGACUGAUGCACUCCUUAUUCUGCACGUGCUUCCACCAGGGGGGCAACGAGCUGUAUGACCUCGUGCGAAUGGCCAGGUUCUACCAGAAGGCGGAGGUGGCGCUGGUGGACAGUGGUCGGUACUCGUCGGACGAUCAGUUCGCGGUGGUGGUGCAGCCGUUCAUGCGGCUGUUCAACGCGCCGCUGCCGCCGCCCGCCGCGCUGCCGCUCGUCAUCCACCAGUCAUACAUCACGCACGACUGCUUCCACUUCUCACAGAAAGGACAUGCACUCGCGGCGAAUCUCCUUUGGAACAACCUGCUAGAGCCAGUCGGCAACAAAUCAGACAACGUGCCUCCCGUCCUCCUCCGUUCCUUCCGUUGUCCCUCCCGUCAAGCGCCGUACUUCUUUACCAGCAAGAAUUCACGAUCCUACCUACUCACUGGCAAACAGGAGGGAGCUGAUGAUGUCUUCCUAUGACACUUUGAAG